UCUCAUGAUGAAUCACGUGAUGAGUCUUGUGUUGAAUCCCGUGAUGAUUCAUGUGAUGAGUCACGUGAUGAGUCUCGUGAUGAAUCACAUUAUGAGUCUUAUGAUGAAUCAUGUGAUGAGUCUAGUGAUGAAUCACAUGAUGAGUCCCGUGAUGAAUCACGUGAUGAGUCCCGUGAUAAAUCACGUGAUGAUUCUCGUGAUGAAUCAUGUGAUGAGUCCUGGGGUGAAUCCCGUGAUGAGUCUUAUGAUGAAUCACGUGAUGAGUCUUGUGAUGAAUCACGUGAUGAAUCAUGUGAUGAGUCCUGUGAUUACUCACGUGAGGAGUCCCGUGAUGAGUCUUGUGAUGAAUCCCAUGAUGAGUCACGUGAUAAAUCAUGUGAAGAUCCUUGUGAUGAAUCCCGUGAUGAAUCAUGUGAUGUGUCCCGUGAUGAAUCACGUGAUGAAUCUUGGGAUGAAUCCCAUGAUGAGUCUCAUGAUGAAUCACGUGAUGAGCCUUGUGAUGAAUCCUGUGAUAAAUCCCGUGAUGAAUCACGUGAUGAGCCUUGUGAUGAAUCCUGUGAUAAAUCCCGUGAUGAAUCACGUGAUGAGUCCAGUGAUAAAUCACGUGAUGAUUCCCGUGAUUAA